CUGGGGUUUUCACUGUCAGGUAAUGAGGAGCUGUGGGUCCAGUCAGUCUUGGAGAUGCCGAAGAGACGAGACAUCCUGGCUAUCGUGCUGAUAGUUCUGCCCUGGACACUGCUAAUCACCGUGUGGCACCAGAGCACCAUUGCUCCCCUGCUGGCAGUGCACAAGGAUGAUGGUGGUGACUCCCAGCGUGAUCUCGCUGCAGGCUUGGACUCCAAGGAAUACUGCCUGUCGGACCGGGACAUUGUGGAGGUGGUGAGGACAGAGUACGUGUACACGCGUCCACCGCCGUGGUCAGACACGCUGCCCACCAUCCACGUGGUCACCCCCACCUACAGCCGGCCGGUGCAGAAGGCAGAGCUGACCCGUUUGGCCAACACGCUGCUCCACGUGCCCAACCUGCACUGGAUCCUGGUGGAGGACUCUCAGCGCCGCACGCCGCUCAUCACCCGCCUGCUGCGCGACACCGGCCUCAACUACACCCACCUCAACGUGGAGACACCGCGCAACUACAAACUGCGCGGRGACAUGAGGGACCCCCGCAUCCCCCGCGGCACCAUGCAGAGGAACCUGGCCCUCAGGUGGCUGAGGGAGACCUUCCACAAGAACUACAGCCAGCCCGGCAUCGUUUAUUUUGCUGACGAUGAUAACACCUACAGCCUGGAGCUCUUCGAGGAGAUGCGCAGCACCAGGAAGGUGUCGGUGUGGCCGGUGGCCUUUGUGGGCGGGCUGCGCUACGAGGCGCCCAAGGUGAACGCGGCGGGGAAGGUGUACGGCUGGAAAACCGUGUUCGACCCUCACCGCCCCUUCGCCAUCGACAUGGCGGGGUUCGCCGUCAACCUGCGCCUCAUCCUGCAGCGCUCCCAGGCCUACUUCAAACUGCGCGGCGUCAAGGGCGGCUACCAGGAGAGCAGCCUGCUCCGCGAGCUCGUCACCCUCAGCGACCUCGAGCCCAAGGCUGCCAACUGCACCAAGAUUUUAGUCUGGCACACGAGGACGGAAAAGCCUGUGCUGGUGAACGAGGGCAAGAAAGGAUUCACAGAUCCCAAUGUGGAAAUCUGAGUGUGCGUGGCUGAACGGAGACCAACACCGGGAGAUUUCUUCACGCACAGCCCGCAAGGCUCCUCUCCGCAGCAUCCACCCGGCCGGCCAGGCGGGAGCCAGCACCUCCGCUGACUUCCACGAGUUUUAGCCUUGUGAAACCAAGCGACACCGCAUCCAUAAACUCCCCGGAUCCCCUGCCCUUCCUCCUGGACUCGGAGCACAAGCAGACGCUCCGGAGGUGGAGAUAAAAAAGCACAGAAACGCCAGGACUGCGAGCUCCCGGCGCGGAUGCUCCGUCUGGGAGAAGCGCCCGGCGGGCUGGCUGCGCUGGAGCCCCGGCGGGACGGGGCUGCGUCAGGAGGGGAUGCUUGCCAGCACCGGGAGGAGAGGGUGAGAACCACGGCUGAUGGCCCCGGGGACUGGUUUUGCCCCCGAGGGACCGGUUUUGCCCCGAGGGACCGGUUUUCCCUGAGACACACGAACCUUAUGGCCAGCCUGAGCAGCUCUCCGGCCGUGGAGGGGACGGCUGCCUUCCGAGAUGGCACCUUAGCCCUUAAUUCUAAACCUACUUUAAUCGGUGUUUGUUACGCUGCACAARAAGGGAAGGGUUUGGGGGAGGGGGGAAAGCGAGGCAGGUCAGAACAAACCCGUUCAGCAUCACCGUUCUCUGUAUYCCCGCUCCUUUUCCUUCCUCAGUUUCACCGUUUGGGGGCCAUCCUGACAUUCCUCUCUGUUCAUAGAAUCACAGCAGAGUUGGGGGAUGGAAGGGACUUCAAAGGUCAUCGAGUCCAACCCCCURCCAUGGGCAGGGACAYCUUCAGCUGGACCAGGCUGCUCCUGGCCUUGAAUAUUCCCAGGGAUGGGGCAUCUCCCACCUCUYUGGGCAACCUGUGCCAGUGCUGCAUUAUAAAAAAMCACCCUUAUGGCUAAUCUAUCCUCUUUUAGUUUAAAACCAUCAACCCUYRUCCUAUCCCAGCUAAAAGGUUGUCCCAUMUUUCUUAUAAAACCCCUGAGGGAUGUCCCCAGAGUGGGAUGGAGGGGCAGGAUCAGGGAGCUGUUCAUUCCCCUGAUCCUGGAUGGAAUCCUGUUUCCAGCAUGGGGUUAUCUAAAAAUGUUGAARUAAUUGGAAAUGAGGUUUAACGAGAUUGUUGGGGCCAUACACUAUAACAUCCACUCAGAUUUGGUCCUAUUUAGCCCGAAUUUGAUUCCUGUGAGCUGUAGGUGUGGGAUUCUCUGCAGGGUGCUYCUACAUAAAGGCAAAAUUCCACUCUGCAAAAAUAAAACUGCUUCAAACUAGGGAAUGGAUGCUYAGAGGUGAUUUUAGUGCAUUUCCCAUUUGACUGGAAUGUAUCCUUCAGCCCCAGCCCCUUUUUCACCCCCCUGGYAUAAAAAGCCAGUGCUGGAGCAGUUCCCAGUCACCUCUGAUGGAGAGAGCAGCACCCUUGGGAAGGGGAUCCUGGGCUUUGCUCCUCAGUGAGACACAGACUGAGCAGAGCAGGAGUGGCACUUGGGUGCUGCUGCUAUGGGUGACUCUGUUUGAGACUGACAAACUUGCUGAGAUAAAAACUGAGGUACAGGCCUCUUCUCCCCUGCCAAAACCCCUAAAAUCCCCUCCCCGCUCAUAAACAUUGUCAAACCUUUGAUCACCCCCCCCGCUGUCCCAAUUCUUUCAAAAAGGUCUGAAGCACAAUUUUACCUUUGAACUGCGGGAAAAAUGUAAUCCUGCAAUAGACUUGGUUAUUUUUAGCCCUAACAUGUAGAACUAUUAAAAUGCUCUGGGUUCGAUCGUUGGCUUCACGGUGCAGAAGUCUCCCCUCGGACUAAUGACAKUGUGCAUUUCUUGAGAUUUCAAAGGAAAAUAUUUUUUGUAAGUUAUUUUCUCCCACUGUAUAUCAGAACCAUUGGGGAAAAGUUGCAUUCUUUAGUUCCCAGCCACAGAAGCCUUUACAAAAAUGUUCCUUUUAGAUGCAAUGGCUGAAGCACUACUUGGAUAGAAAGUAUUGGAUGCUGCUGUGGRAACAGGUAUUGUUACCUUGGAUUAAAACUCUGCACUCAAGUAGAUUUAUUCUGUUACUGUGCUGGCCUUCUAAGUUCCCUUCAGUCUGCAAACCCUACAGUGGAAAGAGACAUUUUUUCAAGGACUACCAAGUUUUCAUAGCAUUGAAAUAGUUUCCAGCUGCUGUCCUCUCUGAGCUGCAUGUUUUGGUUCACUAAUCUGAAUUCCAGUCCCUGCUGGGUUCCAACCUUCCCUCCUUGGAAGGAAAUAACUCUCAGAAAAAUGCAAAGGAUGGAGUCCUGAACACAUUUGCUCUGGUCACAGGAUCCUGGGCCUUUUCAGSUUUCCCAGAUGUGCCCUGGGUGGCAGAAAUAGUCAUGCCCAGGCCUGGCCAGGAUGGAGCGUGUUCCAGCUGCACUGUCUGUUCUCAGUUUUAAACAAACUGUAUUUAAAUUUGUUAAAUAAAAUGAUGGUUUCUAAGAGCCAGAAUACCCUGCACCUCCCUUCCAGACACAGUUUGGUGUUUCUCUCAGAGCCUGAAUCCUGYUACUGGCACAGAAAGCAGCGAAUCCUUGGAGGUUCUGAAGGAUUCACAGUUUGAGUUUGAUCUCUUCCUCUCCCCAAGGAGGCUGCAGCUCCUCUGUGCCUUGGAGCUGGGGAGUUAAAAGAAUGUCACGUUUACCUAAAUCCCCAGUUUCUGCUUAGAKGGACAAAAAGCAAAAAGAAAGCAGGACUCAACAUCCCACAGCAGCUUUAAGGGGAAAGCAGGGAUGAGUUUUCCCACUUGGCUUCUAUCCCAGCUGAAAUCUGAUCCCUGCUCCUUUUCCAAGGGGGAAUUUCAUCUUCAGGUGCUUCCCAAUGUGAGCACGGGUGGAGAGAGGA